AUGGGUGGCUAUGCCAUUGGCAUUUCCUUUGGGCUCCUCAUAAUGAUAGCAAUCAUCGUUUAUGGUUCCUUAAUAUGCAAACGAUUGUGUGGCGACCCCUCCUCCGAUAGAAGCUCCAUAAACCCCACCACUGAGGAUGACUCCAUAACAAUUCGACAAGGACUCGACGAAGACACCCUUCUCACGUACCCUGAACUUCUCUACUCCGAUGCCAAGCUCCAGGAAGGCUCUAUCGCUUCAGGUUGCUCCAUAUGCUUGGCUGACUAUAAAGACACUGACAUGCUUCGCCUGUUGCCUAACUGCAACCACUUCUUCCAUCAGAAGUGCAUUGACCCUUGGUUAAGGAUUCACAGAACAUGUCCAAUUUGUCGAAUGUCACCAAUGUGA